UUAACAUAUUGUGUGCUGAAUGUAUAAAAUUUAAAUUCAAUAUAUGAAACUUUGAAAAACCUUACUUGGGGUCUCUUUUCUUAAAAGCACACAAUAUAUUAAAAAUGGACUUAGCUGAUCUUCUCUGGGACAAUUAUGUGCAUUAGCUAGUUCUCUUAAAAGCUUUAUGAUCUUAUCAGUACAUUUUGGGACAGCACAGUAAAGCAGGGAUCAGUUAGCCACAGGAUAUGAACAAAAAUAAAUGCAUUUAAUUAUUUAGAUUGUAGUAAGUUGAAUAUGUUUAUAACAGCCUGGCAUUUACAGGUAUUUCAGCACAUAUUGACAGGUUAUUGAUAUUUAGUGCACUGUAUCUGCAGGUCAUUUUUAACUAGGUCCAAAAGAGAGAGGGGUCAGCCUAUGUACUUGGAGCAGAGUUAAUCACUAGCAAUGUUCAAGAGCUACGCUAAACAAUAUUAAAGUAUGAUGCAAAUAUUUGUCAGAUUUCAGGUUAGCAUUAAGACUUCUUUGUAGUUCUUGGAACAGAAUUAAUAGCAAAGGGCAUAUUAAAUGGAUGUAUCCCUGCAAUGCAAGUGAAGUUAGAAAAUAGUAGUACAUUUUGGCACAAUAUGGUGUGUGUUGGGCAUGCAGAACUGUCCAACUGGUAAGAAAAUGUGUCAUGCAAGAUUCUUUACUUUUCAAGCAUAUAUGGGAUAUAACAUCAAUGGCUGUGAAAGUGAUUAGAGGUAUGGAGAUAUUUUGUCUUAUUUUAUAACAAACAAAUUUCUUACCAACUGUUAAGUUAAAAAUCUGGUAUAGCCUUCUUGUAAAUAAGAAUAAGUCACUUCCUUUUUUUUCCUUAAAGUAUCGUGUCAUUCCUGUCUUGAUAUAUGCAAGAGUUCAGAAUGCAGAGCAUGCUAUAUCCCAUUCUGGCAGUAAAUGAAAUUAGUUAUGUGAUUAAAGAAAAACAAUGAUAAAUCAAUUUAAGAGGAAAACCUCAAUCAUGACUGAAAAGUGUACUUAACUGGGGCUUGGCAAAGCUGCUUUUUUACUUUUUUUAAAAUUUAUUUUACUGUUAGCCUGCAAAAUGUGUUCCUGCAUAUAUUAACACAUCAUUACAUAGCUAAUGUUUACAAAUCUAGCAUUUUUAAUGCAGUGGCAGACUUCAUAUUCUCCCAGUUCUCUCUGUUGUUUAAUCUGAUUGAGGUGUUGUGGCCUCAAAUGGCAUUUGCAUAUAGACUUGUAUGUCUUUGUUUUUAAUUGGCAUUCUCAAAUGGUUGGUUUUUUUGUGAGUGGGGCUGUUCUGGAAAUGAUGUGAUUCAGUUCACCCUGAGAUAUGGGGGCGGCAGUGCAAAUGCUGUUAGAUAUCUAACUUUUCCAUAUGCACCUCUCAUGAGUAAUUUUGAAAACAUGGUUCUUCAGAAGGGGAUUUUACAUUAGUGUAAAUGUGAAAAGGGAAUAUUUGUAAGACAAGCCUUUUUUAUCAGUAAUUUUGUGUCCCCUGCUAUCUUUUGUUUGAAGAGGCGCUUUCUUCAUUAUCACAAACAGCUUCUUCUGUUUGAUCCCAUAGUAAGUUAUAAUCAUAUACUACAGAUAUCAGUUUGUUGGCAUGGUAAUUUAAUUUACCAUAUUUUCUUGUCUAUAGCACACCCCAGAAUGUGAUGCACACCCUGUUUUUGAAAGGCAGCAUAAAAAAAAAAGUUCUUGCCUUGUAGUACCACAAGUAACUGAGUAGCAGCGGUCAGGGAGCUGAGCCUGCACCUGGUGCCAGCCUCACAUGCCAGAUGGGGCUUGUGGACCAAGACUGUGUGUCAACAUGAUCUGACAUGCUGUGUCUUGGGCUGCACACUGGGUCUGGCUGCAGAGUGACCCUGCAUGCCAGCUUGAUCCAGAGCCCAGAUCUGGGCCUUUGUGCCAGUCUGACCCCACCUGCCAUGCCUGUGGCUGUGGGCUGACCUUGUGUGCCAGCCUGAUCUGGUGAUACGCGACCAAAGUUGUGUGUCAGUCCGACCCAUGUACUGGUUUGGGGCCACAUGCUGACUCUGCAUGUGGCCCCAUCCACAGGAGUAGGUCUGAGACCAUCUGUUGGGUCCUACCCUGUGUGCUGUAUUUGGGGCCAGGCACUAGGUCCAGCCACAGAUGGAUUCCAUGUGCCAGCCUUGUCUAGUGCUGAGUCCGGAGUUGUGCACUGAGUCUGGCUGCAGAGUGAUCCAGUGCUCGGGGCCGUUUCAUCCAGCCAGGAGUCUUCCCACAGAUCUGGAAAUUUGGUGGUAGGGAAAGGGUGACUGUCCCCUGCUGCCAAAUUUCUGGAUCAAUGGGGAGCUUUAUUUCACACACACACAUGCACCCCAAUCUUCCCCGACUGGUUUUGCGGGGGGAGGGUGCAUGUUUUAUACAAGAAAAUACAAUAUAUCUAAUACAAGCAUCAUUGUAGUAUUUAGGUGUCAUGAAAUAAUUGAAAUGUCAUCAUUAGAAAAUGUCUUAUUAAUUAAAUGUUUCAUGUUUGCUAUUAUCUGUACAAAACGAUUGUAUCACAAAUAGUUAAAGGGAUUUGAGUGGCAGGAAGAAGGAGAGGAAUUGGUUAUACUUUGGCUUCUUAUAUUUCACUGCACUUCAGGAAUAUAAUUAGAGGGUCUUAGCCCCAUGUGCAAGGAAAUAAGUGUAUACAUUCUACUAAAGUGUGGCUGUGCUCUGAAAAGGGACUCUGUAAAAACAUUGUAUUCUUUCCAUAUUUUCUCUGUCAAUGGCUGUAUUGAUUUGGCUCCAUUUAGAAGUCAAAGAUGAUUUUUCUUACUGCCACCCCUGCAAACUGAGCCAGUGUUCUUUCCAACAGCAUUAUCAGUAAUAAAGAUCUUGCAGCAAGUAUUUAGCUGACAGCAGUAUUGCUGAUGCAUGGGGCAGAAUGCAGUCUAGCUUGUUCUCUAUCACUUGUGUACUGAUGGGGUGUGUGUGUGUUUGUGUGUGUGUGCAUGUUUGUGCAAGAAAUUGAAAAUGCAUUUUUGUUUGGAAAGCAAGCAGUGUAACUGUGAAUAAAAUGGGGCCUAGCAUUGUCCGAUGAAGAGCAAAUGACAAGAGUACUUGGGACUUGCGGGAGAAGUCUAUAUCUCCUCCGGCCAGUAGCUUCGGUUCUGCCACACACUGGUUGCAGAAAAACGUGUAGCCCCUUUUCCAGCCUGUCCCAGGGGAUGUUCUCCACCCUGGAUAGCCUCCUGAGUGUGAUGCCAAGUGUACCCAGCACCACUGUAUCAAUGAUCACAGAUCUUUUAAGAGUGUGUGGCAUGUAUGGAGUGCUGUCUACUGGGCAGGGCUUAUGUCUCAGAAGUGGUCUCAUGUAGCAAUCAAUUUGAUUCAGUAUUUGACCUUGAGUAUCUUAUAUACUAAUUGUGCCUCAGUGUCUCUUUUACAAAAUGUUUGUCCAUAUCUGUAAGGUGAUCUGAGAUCCAUGGAAGACCAGUGCUGUUUAAGAGCCAAAUGUUUGUUAGCCUCAAGCACCAAUAAGAGAUUGAUUCUAUUAAUUGCUUGUUAUGUGCUUAGACAAGCGAUUCUCAACCAGCAUACCAUGGUACCCUGGGGUGCCUGGAGAUCCCUCCAAGGGUGCCAUAGUAUGUCAUGCAAUGUCAUGCACUGUUAGGUGUCCAAACUUGAUUCACAAGAUAAAUCUGACUUAUUGCAGUGUUUCUGAGUUCUUUGAUACAGAAGAAUUUGUUUUUUGUUGGGUUUAUUUUUGUAGUAAAAAACGAGUGAAACUAACAGCUGGCAUUUUCCAAGAGGUGCCUUGAGUCUAAUAAGGGGUGCCUUGAGUUUAAAAAGGUUUAGAACCACUGGCUUAAGCAUUUUCAGAGUGCUUGUGACAUGCCAUAAGAAAGUUUUAGGAAAUUUAAUUUAAUUUUUUUUUAAACUCUUUGACUAUAUGGUUUCUUUCCACUAGAAGCAGUAAUGGAGUUGAAACCACGGACUUCUAGCCACUGAUGGCAUUUAAACAAAACACACAGUCAACUAGUGAAAGCUGCCUUCUAAGCUCCACAGUUUUCCUUUUAAUUUGGAACAUAAACAUUUGAAAGUCAAGUAUAGUAAUUUGAUUUCAGAGAAAAGCUGCUUGAAACAAGCAUAAGCCUGAGUUAAUAGGAGCCAUAUGUUGGAUCUUUUAUGUAAGUGUUGUGGUCUUCAAAAAUGUUUUAGGAAAAGAAUAUUUGAUUUUUAUUUAUUUAUUUAUUUUUUUAGAACAGAUCUUUCUUGAAGAGAUUGUAGCAAACCUGCCUUUCAAAAGUCUGCAGAGUAUUUAUGUAUAUAAUUGAUGUUAAUAUAGUAAAUUAAAUUGUAAACACAAGAUAUUUUCUGUUGCUGUGCAUCAAAGAAGUUGUUCACUUUAACUAUAACCACAGAGUACUUGUAAUUUCCCUGAGCCCAAGGGUAUUUAAGAUAAAACUUGGCAAAUUAGUACCUCCAUAAGUAAGGGGCUCUUUAUGACUGUCUGUCACUAGGUCUGCUGUAAUUUUUACAGGUAUGCUUGGCCCUUUUUUUCAGAUGAGAUCCCAAAUUACCUACAAUGGAUGGCCUAUUGGCACCUGUGAUGUAUCACCUAUCAGUAUGUCUCCCAUCAGUCAAUCCCAGUUUAUUCCACUUGGAGAAAUCCUUUGCUUGGCCAUCUCAGCAAUGAACUCUGCACGAAAACAAGUCACACAAGAAGCACUAAUGGAGCAUCUAACAACUUGCUUCCCAGGUGUUCCAACUCCCAGUCCUGAAAUCCUUCGGCACACCUUGAACAUGCUUGUACGAGAAAGGAAAAUAUAUCCAACUCCAGAUGGCUAUUUCAUUGUGACUCCACAGACUUAUUUUAUAACACCAUCCCUCAUAAGAACUAACAGCAAAUGGUACCAUUUGGAUGAGAGGAUACCUGACAGAUCUCAGUGUACCUCUCCACAACAAGGAACUAUAACUCCCUCCACCUCGGGAUGUGUCAGGGACCGAACUUUACCCAAAAACCACUGCGACUCUUGCCAUUGUUGCAGAGAAGAUAUGCACAGCAUGCAUGCAUCCACCCUGCAGAGGAAGUCAGCAAAAGACUGUAAGGACUCAUAUUGUCCUCCAUCACUAUGUCAGGUACCACCUACUGAAAAAAGUAAAAGUACUGUAAACUUUUCCUACAAAGCAGAGACACUUGCAAAGCCUAAGGAUGUAGAAAAGCAGUCUAAAAAAUUUGGACUAAAGUUAUUUCGACUAAGUUUUAAAAAGGACAAGGCAAAACAAUUGGCUAAUUUUUCUGCUCAAUUUCCUCCUGAGGAAUGGCCUUUAAGGGAUGAAGACACCCCUGCCACUAUACCUAGAGAGGUGGAAAUGGAGAUUAUAAGGCGCAUUAACCCAGAUCUGACUGUGGAAAAUGUCAUGAGGCACACUGCACUGAUGAAGAAACUUGAAGAAGAAAAAGCUCAAAGAAGCAAAGCAGGAUCUUCAGCUCACCAUAGCGGGAGAAGCAAAAAGAGUAGAAAUCACAGGAAGUCUCAUGGGAAAUCUCGGUCACACAGCAAGAGCCGGGUGUCCAAAGGAGAUCCUUCAGAUGGUUCUCAUUUGGAUAUACCAGUUGAAAGGGAGUAUGAGUUUUAUGAUCCCCUUACAAGAUCCCCCAGGGAGGGCUGUUUCAUAAUAGAGCACAAAGGAGAUAAUUUUAUCAUGCAUAGCAAUCCUAAUAUGAUUGAGUCUCACUUUCCCAUGACACCAGAAUGGGAUGUAUCUGGUGAGCUGGCCAAAAGAAGAACAGAGAUGCCUUUUCCUGAACCUUCAAGGGGAAGUUCCCACUCCAAGGUCCAUCGAAGCCACAGCCAUACACAAGAUAGAAGAUCAAGAAAUGAAAGAUCUAACAAGGCCAAGGAAAGGUCUAGAUCAAUGGAUAAUUCCAAGGGACCUUUGGGUUCUUCUACUUUAGGUACACCUGAAGACAUGGGUGAAGGCUGUAGUCCAGAUGAUCAAACAAAUAGCCAAUCAUAUAUUGAUGACAGUACCUUACGGCCUUCACAAUCACUCAGUCAUCAAAGGGCUCUGAUUUCAUCUGUAAACUAUAAAGAAACAUGUAUAUCUGACAUAGUUAGUGGCAGUGUAGAAACCCCCAGCUCUUGUAGUCUAAUGGAACAAAGCAAACCUACAGAGAAUUUACCAUCCUAUAGUGAGCUCAAUUCCUGCACAACAAAAUCAGCAAUUGAUGACUAUUUUCAGUGCAACACUUCUAGUGAGACUGUACUUACUGCUCCAUCACCACUGGGAAAAAAUAAGGAGGAUCAUGACACAAUGACUUCGACAGAUGGGAUAAAAAAAAUGUCUCCCUCCGAAAGACAGUCUCAACACAUAGCCAGAGAGCCUGGGGUACACAAAGAGGAGUCCCCAAAAGGCCCAAGUACGGUUUCAGCAGUUGCAGGCCAAACUCCUGAAGUAAUUGCAAAUGGGAGGCUGGCUCAGCACCAUAACACUGAAUCAAGCAGCCUUGAUAAAAGGAAAGAAAUAUUUAGUAAAGAUACACUUUUUAAACCUCUACAUAAUACUCUCUCUGUGAAUAGCUAUCACAAGCCUAGUGUACCACUGCUAAAACCCCAUCAAAAGACACCCUCUGACACACUGCCAGUCAGAUGUGAGAAACUAGAACAGGCUAUAGUAACCUCCGUCACACAAGUUAUGCCCAUUUCACAGAGACAGCAAGAGCCAGCUGGGAACCAGGAACCCUCCUUUGAUUAUUAUAAUGUAUCUGAUGAUGAUGACUCGGAGGAAGGAACAAAUAAAAAUGCAGAGGAAGAAAAAAACAGGGAUGAUGUGGGCACUAUGCAGUGGUUACUUGAGCGGGAAAAGGAAAGGGAUCUACAAAGAAAAUUUGAGAAGAAUCUUACUCUUCUUACCCCAAAGGAAACUGAAAACAGCAGCAACCAGAGAGCCACACACUCAGCUCGCCUGGACAGCAUGGAUAGCAGCAGCAUUACUGUAGACAGCGGGUUCAAUUCUCCACGUACUCGUGAGAGCUUGGCUUCCAACACUUCAAGUAUUGUUGAAAGUAACAGACGUCAAAACCCAGCUCUGAGUCCUGCACAUGGUGGCACGGGUCCAACAUUCAGCUUUCGAGCAACUGCAGACCCUCCAACAAGCGAAGCUGAAAAACUGCAGAAACCUGCUAACUGCCUGCAAGCUUCUGUUACUAGUGUUUGAUAAUCAUUCUGCCUCAGAUCUUCUGUCUCAUCCUAUACAGCGAAGUUUACGACACUGGGGACUGAUGUUUACAUCUUCGGGGAAAAAACAAGCAUCUCAACCACAGUUUUAGUGUUUACUUAAACUGUGCUGCUAUGUAGGCUAGGGGCAACAAAGAAAUCUUUACUUCAAGGUAUUGCUUUUCACAUUUGCGGCUCUGUAGCAACAGAAUAGUGAUAGGGAUAAUAUGUACACUUUUUUGCUUCACUUAAUUGUAACUGAGCACAUAUAUGAAAGUCUAGACACUGUAAGUGUAAUCUGCAUUUUCAAUGUCCAUGCAGUUGCCAACUCCAUUUAAAAAAUGCCACAGAUGUGUGAUGUGCCCUGUCAGAGGCUAAAUUCUGUCACAGAGUUGAUUCUUUCCCUUCAAAAAAUGAGCCACAGCUGAAAGUAAACAGCAAAGGUCACCUUAAGAGAAAACAAUGCAAAAUGCAACUAGGAAAGACAUCAGCUCUAUCUGUGAGUUAUUUAUACAUCUGUCAUUUUCACUGUGAGAUUUGAUGACACAAUUUUUCAAGAAUCCAUAAAAACAAGUUAAAAGAGAUCAUGUUUUAAGUAGGUGGGAUGGGAAAGAAUUAUGGUGGAAUUGCAUUAUUUUUUUUCUGUAAAAUUGUAAGAGAUGUUUGCUAAAACUUACUUCUUAAUCUCCCCCUAUUCCAAACAAGGAUGUAGGUCAUUCAGCAGAGAGGGAGGGAAGGAAAGUUUAACUGUGGUUGAGGCACAGCAUGGAGUACCAUAAAAGAGUUUUGUUCUUGGGGGUUUUUUUAAAUCAAUAAUUUAAGAAUGGUGAUCUCAUUCUUAUCACUUCUGAGAUUCCAGCUUACUGGUAUAAGAGAAUCAGGAAAAAUAAUUUGUUUGAACAAAAAAGUUCUUUAUGAUACAUAUGACAAAUAUGGCCUGAAGAGUUGAUUUCUUUCUAAUGGAAGGACGUGAUUCUAUUUUAUGUAGUUUUUAAAUAGAAUGCCUAAAUUAGGCUAUUGAGACUACCAUACGUUGUAGUGGUUUAUCAAAGAACAAAUUUAGAGAAUUAUAAACUUCAGGCUUUUUAUUCAAAGAAUAUUUGCAAUUUAGCAUUUUAUUGGGAAAAAACAUAGUUUUUUUAAAAUUGCGUAUUAUUAGAAAUUAAAUGUGUCCAUAUAAUUGACAGAAAACAUCCUAAUUCUGCAGGUAUGUUAUAUUCCUUUGUACUACCCUAAAUUGUUGCUCCAAAGUAAUUUACACUAUAUUAAUUAUUCUGGAGUAACUGUCACAAAUAGUCAACCAUCAAACGUGUAAUUUCUAGGUAAAAAGGGCCGAAUUCUAGUCUGUUACUUAUGCAGCCCUGUGCUGCAGUAAACUGUCUUCAAAAGACCCCACAUUUGCUUUUUAACAGAAGAGAUAGAAGUUUGUGUAAGAAAAACAAAGAUAUUAAGAAACAUGAUCAGGUGUAUAAAUCGUUGAAUACAAAUUGACAUGUAUGUUGCCUGUCACUUGUUGGUACCCAGGUAUUAUAUCCAGUUGUUCAUUUUAAAAGAGUAUUUUCAUCAGGUUCUGGUGACAUGUAUAACUUGUAUAAACCAUUUGAGCUUCACUCAUGAUCUAUAUGGUCAUCUGAAGUUUUUAGUACAGCCUUAUAUUAGACAGUUGGAUAUUAGGUACUUAUGAAAUGGCUUUAUAACUCUGGACACAAUUGGUUUCUGAUUCUGUCAAGUAUAUCAUACAGUACCUAUCUCUAUAAUGCCCAGUAAAUGCAUGAGUCUGUUUUCAUUAUUUUUAUGUAUAAAUUCCAUUUCAUAAGAGCAAUAAGACCUUUCAGUGCAUGUAAGGGAAAUUAUUGUGCUUUUGGUUGGUUGAAGUCACUUGGCCUUUAGCCUCCUGCCUUAUCAUACCUUCCAAGACAUGCUAUAAUUACCCAAUAAUGCAUCUUACUGUCUCAUCUUAUUGCUUACAUAUGUAACUCCAAGACUGCUUAUUAAAUGCAGACACCAGUCAGGUUUUUUGUGAGGAGUUGUUGUUAUAUACUAUGCAGUGGCUGACUGUGAUUUUGUUUGAGACAUUAGUAGUAUGUACCAAUUCAGUAAAUAAAAAUGUUGAAACAAUACCUUAAUUUAUAGCUGAUGAUCUGAAAAUGCAAGUUACAGUAUUAAAAAGUUAAUAACAAAGACAUGUUUUACUUUUUGGGGAAGUUUUUAUUUUUGUUAUAAACUCUGAUUCAUUUAUACAAAAAACAUCAUUCCAAAAAAAUAUGAUAGUAUCUACCUAGAAACUGUAUGUGAUUUCUGAAAGUUCCCAUAGAUCAACAGACACGUCAUAUUAAUGUUGACAUGGCAUUGUAGCAAUAUUAAUGUGACUCUUCAAAUAUGGAAUGUAAACAGAAGUUUCAGAUAGAAAUGUUCUAAUCUUGAAUUCUUUUUUUUAAAAACUCAACAAUGGACUAAAAGGAAAUUCCAUCUUUAGGCUCUGGCAGCAAAACCACGAGAGUGGAGCUUGAGUGCUUUAUGUCACCCUAAUCCUUUGAUGAAAUCAUAGCCUUGUAUUACAUGGUUGCUUAUCUAUCAUUCUUCUUCUAAUGUAUCAAUCUAAAGGUUUACAGAAUUAAAAUAGGUUGAAUCUGUGUUGUAUUCAACUUUUAAAGGGUCAACACAAAUCUGUCGGCAUUUUUGCACACUUACUAUGUAUUAUAAUACAACAUAUUACUUUUAUGGUAAUUUUUUUUUACACAUAUAACUACCUCCAUGAUUUUGAUGAAAUGCAGCAACGUAAAAAAAAAGUGUAUUGUAAAAAACAAAGUUAAAAACUUUUUGAAGCAUUACAUCAUGGUGUUCUCUUAUGUGUCACUGCUUGUGUAUGAAGUCAUCAUGUUUUCAAUGCCAUGAUUUCCUUAUAUUAUUAAAUUUGGCUUUCAGGUGAAUAAUUUGAAAUGUUGACAAAGCCACAUAAUUUUGUUCAUAGUGAAUGGAAGGCUAAAACCUUCCAUCAUCUUUACUCCAUUACUACUAAAGUUUCUACCUAGUAGGGAGUCAAAUAUAAUUAUAAUUUAACAAAUGUUGAACAUCUACAUAUGAUCUGAACAAUCAUGUGAUUGGCAGUUUGGGGUUUAACAAAAGACAUGCCGAGUAUUUUCUUGCCAACCUUCAAACGCUUUGAGCCCUUUUCUGCCUUCAUUUAUGCUAACAUAUCAAAUCAGGGCUUCCCUUAAAUGGCAAGAGCUCUCUGAGCCAUGUGUUAUUUAACUCUCAUCUAAAUGAUGUUCACUUUCUUUUCUAAAUCCUGUGCAUCAUGAGCACUUACUCCCUUUGAAACUAAUGAUAAAAUUGGAAUAGACUUCAUUGGGAGCCUAAAUAAAAUGUGUGGCAGGGUGCCCAUUGUACCAAGAACUUGGGCAGACUUCCAGUAAAAAUGAGGUUUGCUGUUAAGUAAUAGCCAAUAACAAGCCACCUUUAAAAAAUAAAAAAAAUCUAGAAAUUUUUCAACAACCAAAGGAGAUAAGUGGCAGCUGACCCAUGACAGCUCUAUUUUAUCUACAGUCCCUGGAUUUAUUAAUACCUCUUUCACAGAACCCUUGGUAUUGUUCAGAUGUAAAUUAGUACAGAGUCACUAGAUUAAUCAGUUUUGCUUUGUGUAAGUAUGUCAAUUCAAAAAUUGUAGGAAAAUGGUAACUAUUUAAUUCCACACAACUCCCAUUUUAAAAAGUAAAAUGUACUGGAAAACAAAGUUUUUAAUUAAAAAUUUGCCCUUACUUUUGAUGGUGAUAGCAGCCUUUUCUGAAAAGUCAUAUAAAAAGCAGUAUUUGACACCCAUUACAAAUCUUGAUAAUAUUUUGCACUUAUGCCUAUUAUGUGAAGAUGUCAAAGCAUUUGAAAGAUUAAUUAAACUUCACAAGUUUGUGAUGUGAAUAUCCCUAUUGUUAUCCCUAUUUUAUGCAAGGGCACACUUAAACACAGAGUUUGUAAGGCGGAUUAUGAACCAAUCUUUCUUUCUUUCCCUUAAAAGACAUAAGAAUAACAAAUAUCUAACCAAAGUGUUUAAUGUUUACACUUUAAAAUUAUUUUUCUAAUAUGUUUAUUACAGUAAUGUAGGAGAGACCGUCAUUUACAGUUCUGUGGAGGGUUUUUAAAUUGGCAGUGCCAAAAAUGUUCACUGUAGUAAUAUGGCUGUUCACAAGCCAGCAAUGGUUCCAGAAAUAGUGAUUCUAAUUAAAAGUUUGUUUUUCAAAUACAUUUUACAUUCUUUUUCCCAGGGUGUUCAUUCAAAUUGCUGUACUGAGUAAACAAAUAGUCCUCUUCCAAUUUAAAGUCACUUCACAGUUUACACCCCGCUUUGCUCCUCUGAAGAAGACUGUAUAGUAUUAAAGACAAAUGCUGUAUUUUUUACCUAACUUCUUAUCUAUUAGAUAGAUAUCUAAAAAUUUGCCCGUAAUAAUAUACAUAAUCAUCCUGUAGUUUAAUACAUCAGAAUUUUCAGUAGACUCAGAUGAAGUCAAUGAAGUUAUUCUGGCAUGAAGCUGGUAUGUGAGAAAAAUGGGAUUUUUGCUUUUUUUGUAGCAGCAUUCUAACUUUUGAUUUCAGUUUUGUCGGCAUAAAUCAGGAAUAACUCCACUUUAAAUUUAUCCUGAUGUAACUUAAAUUAGAAUCAGCUGUGAACUCCAUUGAAGCUCUGUUCUGAGCUGAGGAUUUUUGUUUCCAUCCCCUUGGAUUAAAUAUGUAGAAGGAGCAGAAGACCACACGUUUGGAUUUGAAAAAUUGACAAGUUUAAAAUAUAGGUGCUUCUCCUAUGGCUAGGUAUGAAAUCUGUAGUGAAAUGCACAGUCAGCAACCCCUUAUUCCCAACCUGGAUGCUAACACAAUCACCAUCUCUUCUGCGCCUAGGAAGGGCAAGUUUCAGUCCAGUAUAAUGCACUCCUGUUGUAUUGUGGAUAGAGCCACCCAAAGGAUAUUCGCACGUAAGUAUGAAAGGUCUGAAUAGGGCCCUUAGAGUAAUUGACACAGAUAUUACUUUUCUAUGUAGAGGAGAUUUGAGUUUAAAGGGAUCAUAAUUCUGCAGGUAAUUUUUUGAGAGUGACUGAAUGUGACUGUUGCAUUAGGUUUAAGUGAAUUAAUAAAUGCAAGUGGGACUUACUGUAUGUUAGAAGGGAGUUUUGCAGCCAAGACUGCCUUGUAUAAAUGUGUUUGCACUGAAAAAAAUUAAAAAUUACUUGGUCUCUGGUUGCUGUAAAGGUCAUCCAAGAUGGAUGUUAUGUUUAUAUUGUAUAGUAUUUCAUAUGAAAUAAUUACAGUUCAUGAAAUGUCUUCCCUAAUGUUACUGAUUUAUAACAGCACAUUUGUAACAUGGUUUUUAUUGUGUCAGUGUACCAUAUUGUAAAUGAUGAUUACUUGUCAUGCUUAGUAUAAUAAUUUAAAGGAAAAAAGGACAGGGAUUUUUGUAAGUCUAUAUUUGAAAGUCCCUCCAUACAGUAAUACUGUGUUCAUGUUGUUUAUGUAGUGUUGUGUGAAAUAUCCAUUUUGGAUUGUGUUACUUUUUAAGAUAUUAAAUAACAUUUGGUUA